AUGGUAUCACUUGGUAAUUUAAAUAUAUGGAUUAUUUUAAUGAUCAUUGGACAAAUACCAGCUACAACGUCAAACGUACUACUAGUCUCUUUUCAAUGUUACAAUUAUACGCUGAUCAAUGAUCCUACAAGAAGCGUGAAUGUAACCGGUGGUAAUAAUUGUGAUAACACUCUCUUCAGUUCGGGUGCAAUUUGGGUUCGUUUUGUUGGUGUAGGUGGUACACAAAUACCAACAAGCCCAGUUGCAACGAGUCGAUGUAAUACCACCGUAUCAGGGUGGUAUUCAGGGCAAAUGCCCACCGGUGUGGAUACAACUAUGAAUGGAACUGUAUGCUUUAAUUCGGCACCUAACAAUUGCUAUCGGAACAGUAGUAUUGCUGUGACUAAUUGUGGAUCUUAUUAUGUUUAUCAAUUAGAUGCACCUCCAGUUUGCAAUGCACGCUACUGUACUGAUACACCAGGUGUUUCGAUAACAGAUACAACAAUAACACCCAUAGAAGCUACAACGCCGAACGCACGACUAGUCUCUUCUCAAUGUUACAAUUAUACGCUGAUCAAUGAUCCUACAAGAAACGUGAAUGUAACCAAUGGUAGUACUUGUGAUAACACUUUCUUCAGUUCUGGUGCAAUGUGGGUUCGUUUUUUUGGUAUAGGUGGUACACAAAUACCAACAAGCCCGGUUGCAAUCAAUCGAUGUAGUACCACCGUAACAACUUGGUAUUCAGGACAAAUGCCCACCGGUGCGGAUACAACUAUAAAUGGAACUGUAUGCUUUAAUUUGGCACCUAACAAUUGCUAUCGGAACAGUAGUAUUGCUGUGACUAAUUGUGGAUCUUAUUACGUUUAUCAACUACGUGCACCUCCAGUUUGCAAUGCACGCUACUGUACUGAUACACCAGGCGUUUCGAUAACAGAUACAACCAUAACGCUCAUAGAAGAUGAAACAACUUCGACACAGAUUAAGACGACUGUUGAUGGAUCCACUACAGCAAUUCACACAACUGUUGAUUCUUCUACUACGGCAAUUCGAAUAGAACAAACAACAAGUACAGAAGCAAUGACAACUUCAAAACUAUCGAUCAUAUCUCAAAAAUGUUUUGCACCAAAAGUAGCACUUAUCCCUGGUACAUCAACAUUAUCAUCACCAAUACAAUUUCAUCGAAGUGACGAUUUUAAUAUAAUUUCAAUGAUUGAAUUAAAUUGUAAUGGUUCAUUAUCAGCAGUCGCUCAAUGGAAAAUAAAAAAUUGUAGUUCAACUUGUUUAUAUCAAAUUCAGUUGGAUCCAACAAUAAAAACAACAUUUACUGAAUUAUAUAUACCAGCAAAAACAUUGCCUUACGGAAUUUAUGAAUUACAAUUAACUGUAACCAUGACUAAUUUAACUAAUCUCACAACAUCAUCUUCAGUUUAUGUUCAAAUAACAUCAUCAGGUAUAACAGUAAAUCUUGUUCAAUUAGGAACAUCAAUGAUUACAAUUGGAUAUGAUCAAGAUCUUAAUUUUAAUCCAGGAGCAUUUUCAGUUGAUCUCGAUGGAUAUACAUUUAAUGAAAGUAAUUGGAAAUAUGUAUAUUAUUGUCGAAUUUAUGGUCUAUAUAUGUUUCCAAGUCUAAAUGGUGUAUUAUUAUCAAUUGAUGAUAAUGGAACUGAUCCUUUAAAUCCAUCGUGUUUCGCAAAUCAAACAGGAAACGGAACAAGAUGGAAAUAUGGUACGUCAUUGAAAUCAUCAUUAACAAUUCUUGCUAAUUCACUGCAACCAAAUCAAACAUAUCAAUUUAUGGUUUAUAUGGAAAAUCGACAAAAUUCUUCUACUCAAGCAACUGGCUAUGUACUUGUUACAGUUGGAACUAUUGAUUCACAAAUGAUUGCCGUUGGUUGUGUUAUUUGGACAAUGUGUACUCCAAAUUUGGAAUUUCAACUUGUUAAUCCAACAACACAAGUUGCUUUAUUUUCUUUAUGUAUUGGAGAUUGCGACAAUAUUCAAAAUACAACAUGGAAUAUUUAUCAGGGUACAACAAAUAUAUCUUCAAACUCUACCCAAUGGACUUUGUUCAAUCAAAUGAAUAUCUAUGAAAAUAUUUGGUUUUUUGGAUGGAAUACAAGUAAUUUUACUGCAUUGAAUCAACUAUUUCUCAAUAAUCCUCAAAUUAAUCUUUGGCGAUUUCAAGUUAUUUAUGGAUUUACAUUACAAGCAAGUUCAAGUGCAUUAAAUUUUGUAAUCAAUCACCCUCCGAUAAACGGCUCAUGUUCAAUUAGUCCUUAUAAUGGUACAACAAGUACUUCAUUUAAUAUUUCAUGUUCAAAUUGGUUUGAUGAAGAUGGAAUUAAAGAUUAUUCAAUUUACGCUUGGACAGCAGAUCCACAAGAACGAACGUUUAUUUCAUUUUCAUCCGUGUCAAUAUUUCAAGUUCGAUUACCUUCCGGAGAUGAUCAAACAUCAUUACUUCAUCUUAUAGUUCAAAUUCGUGACACUCUUGAUUGUAUUACAGAAUAUAACAUGUCAUCUAUUAAUGUUCUACCAGAUACGUUAGGAAUUACGAAUUUAUUAAAUAAUUUACAAAGUUCAUCGAAUGCAUUAGCAAAUAAUCCAACUAUUCAAUUACUUUCAAGUGGAAAUCAAAAUAUUAUUGGACAAAUUGUAGGUUGUCUUUCGCAACAAUCUAAUAAAAUGAAUAGUGACGCGAUUGAUCAAGCUGUUUCAAGCGGAAUACCAGCUGCAAGUAUUUCUGUAUCUCAAUUAGGAAGUACAACUUCACAAGGAAAUUCUACUCCAUUGAAUGCAACAGCUUUAAUUCAAUAUAAAAAAGACUUGAAUUCUCAUGCAAAUCUUCGUGAAUAUUUAAUGACAUUUACAACUAAUCUUGAUAUUUCAACAUCAAAUAAUAUAAAAUUACAAGCAUCAUCAUUAGCUCAAUUAACUCAAGCAACAAAUCAAUUGACACGAACUGCUUUAACACUUGCAUUAGAUAAAUGUUAUCAAUUAUCUCUUGCACUAUAUUCAAUUGUAACAAGAAUUUCAUAUGAAGAUGUUCAAAUAAUCACAACUCAACUGAUUCAAUGUGCAACGAAUAUUUUAACUGCUGUUAAUGGUCCACUACAACAACGAACAGAUAUAUUGGAUUUAGAUUCAUCACGUGCAACAGCAUUUCCGACGGAUUAUGAUACAGAUCUUGAAUCCGCCUGGUCAAAUCCAAAUUUAUUUUCUGAUGGAAAUGAUUUUUCAUGGGAAACAAUACAAAAAGGUCGAAAUACCUAUUAUCAAAAACAAUUAGCAAAUCAAGUUACCACUAAAGUGAAUCAAAUUCUAUCAUUACUAACUUCUAUAUCAAAUAUUCAAUUAAAUAUUGGUCAAAAUUUAAUAAUAAAUACAUCAUCAACAUUUAUGUCACUAGAAACUGUAUCAAUGAAAUCUCUUUCAAAUAAACAAGUUCAACAAGUUGGAAAUGCUCGAAUUAAUAUUCCAAAAAAUUUCAAGUCAAACAUAAGUGAUAAUUCAACAGUUUCACUUCGAUCAAGGAUGGAACCACUUGCUCCAUUGGGUAGUUUAAAAAUACAAACAGCAAAUACAAAUCUUUCGAGAUCUAUAUCACUUUCUGUUGUUGAUCGUAAUGGAAAUGAAGUUUUAAUUAAUACAGAUUCAACAGAUCCAAUUGAAAUUAUAAUUCCUCGUGAUCCAAAUGUAAUCAUUCCAUCAAUGAUUAUUCAAAAUGUAACAUCAUCAAUAGAUUCUGCACCGCAUAACCAAUUAUUUUCUUUCCAUUAUAUUAAUAUCACAAAUACACUUUCGGUUUCAGUUCAUAUUGAAAUUCAUCCAUUAGAAACAAAUAUUUCCUAUUUAUUUAUUUAUAAAUUUGAUCAAAUACCUCAAUUAAAUACUUCAAUAAAUAUUAUUGAUGGAUGGACUGUAUUUUGUCCUUUCAAUUUAACAAAUGAAAGUAUGUAUACAUAUUUUAUUGAUAAUCAACAAACAUCUGGUCAUCAAUCAAUUAUAUUUGGUUUACGAGAAUUAAAUACAACUGAAAAUAAUGAUUAUUGUUUUAAUUCUUCAAUAUUAACUCCUCCAAUAACAAAUGAAAGAUUUAAUUUUACAGAAAAUUAUGAAGUUCGAAUUUAUACAUCGGGUUGUUAUUAUCUUGAUAAAUCUAAUCAAUGGCAAUCAGAUGGAUUAAGAGUUGGGCGAAACACAAAUUAUUAUGAAACUCAAUGUUUUUCAACUCAUUUAACAACAUUUUCUAGUGGUUUUCAAAUUUUACCUCAAUCUGUUAAUUGGAAUUAUGUUUUUGCUAAUGCUGAUUUUAUUCGAAAUAAAACAAUUUAUUUAACAAUUAUUUGUGUGUCACUAUGUUAUGUUAGUUUAAUCAUUUUUGCACGUUAUAAAGAUAGAAAAGAUAUUGAAAAAUUAGGAGUAACACCAUUACCUGAUAAUCAAAAAUCCGAUGAAUAUUUUUAUCAAAUUCUUGUUUUUACUGGUCAAAGAAGAAAUGCUGGAACAAAAUCUAAAGUUCAUUUUGUAUUAUCUGGUAAUGACGAUUCAACAACUAUUCGUACAUUUGCUGACCCACAUCGAACGAUUUUUCAACGUGGGGGAAUCGAUGCAUUUAUUUUAGCUGUGCCACAAUCAUUGGGAUUAUUAAAUUUUAUUCGUAUCUGGCACGAUAAUACCGGUCAAGGUUCAUCAUCAUCAUGGUUCUUAAAAUAUUUAAUUAUUCGUGAUUUACAAACAAUGGAAAAAUUCCAUUUUAUUUCUCAACGAUGGUUUGCAGUUGAAAAAGAUGAUGGAAAAAUCGAACGUAUUUUACCAGUUGCUAGUGAAAUGGAAAAAUGUGAUUUUUCUUAUGUUUUAUCAAAACAGUCCUAUCAUAGUAUAUCUGAUAGUCAUUUAUGGUUUUCAAUAUUUUCUCGACCACCAUCAAGUAAAUUUACACGUGUUCAACGUUGUACAUGUUGUUUUGUUUUAAUUAUUAUUUCAAUGUUCUUAAAUAUAAUGUAUUAUGAUUUAAAAAAUGAAUCGACAACGACUAAUUCAACAAGUAGCAUUAGUUUAUCAUUUGGUUCAGUUUCAAUAACAUCCGAACAAGUAAUAAUUGGUAUAAUUGUUGAACUAUUUGCACUGAUUCCAAGUCUCUUACUUGUUCAAUUAUUUCGACGUCUUCGAUCUCGUCAACAACAAAUAUCUCCAUUACGUCAAGCUUUGUAUAAAAUUAAAUCAUCACUUAGUGACAAGGAUAUUGAUGAAAAUAAGAGUAAACAUAAAUCUGGAUUAACAUUAGCCUGGUGGUGGAUAUUUAUUGCCUAUGGACUUUGUAUUAUAUUAGUUGGCGUUUCAAUACUUUUUAUAAUUGCACGUGGAAUUGAAUUUGGUGAUUUGAAAACUCAAAAAUGGUUAAUAUCCAUUAUAAGUGGACUUUUCUCUUCGAUUCUAUUAACACAACCAUUAAAAAUUCUAUGUUUAGCAAUAUUUUUUGCUUAUUUUUGUCGAAAUUCUAAUGAUGAUAAAGAAGCAAAUGAAUAUUUAGAUGAUAAUCAAGUUAAUUUAGAUAAUGAUGAAGAAUAUCUUCAUUCAAGAAAGAAUAAUCGUCUAUUUACUUAUCGACCACCAAUUCGUGCAAAUCGUUUAAAUGAAGCUGAAGUUAUGUGUGCACGUGAUCGACGUUUGAAAGAAAUUCAAAUGUGGUCAAUUAUUCGUGAAACUCUUCUUUACAUAUGCUUCUUAUCACUUCUCUAUACGGUAAUCUUUUCAAAUUGUCAAUCGAAUUCUUAUUCGCAAGUUAAACAUUUACAAAAUUAUCUUUUAAAUUCAAGACAAAUGGAUGAUGAUUAUACAAAGAUUUCAACAAUUAAUCAAUAUUGGAAUUGGUUAGAAAAUAGUUUUGCUUCGAAUAUUCGCGCUCAACAAUGGUAUAAUAAUGAUCCACCUAGGAAUUUAAGUGGUUUUAUUGAUGAUAAAACAAAUCGAUUAAUUGGCUGGGUAACAAUGAGACAAUUACGUAUUAAAUCAGACUUGUGUCCUGCUCAUGUCAAUGAAAUUAUUUCAACAUGUCGAUAUGAUUAUAGUUUUUCAAAUGAAGAUAAAAAUUCUUAUAAACCCGGAUGGAUAAUAAAUGAAACAAUACAAACAUAUAGUUCAUCUAUUAAUCAAUCAUUCAUAUAUUCUACAAGUAAAAAUUUAGAUACAUAUGUUUAUGUUGGAAAUCAUGGAACUUAUGGAAGUGGUGGUUAUGUUUAUGAAUUUCGUGGUCGUUUAGUUGAUCUUCAAAGUAAUUUAUCACAACUUCAUGCAUUAGGAUGGAUUGAUAAUCAAACACGAGCUGUAAUAAUUCAAUUAAGUUUAUAUAAUCCAAAUGUACAAUUAUUUACAUCAGUUAGUUUACUUGUGGAAUUUUUAUCAACAGGUGCAGUUUAUUCAUCAGCAAGUUUUGAACCAAUGAAUUUUGAUGCAUUUACAUCAUUAUUUCAAUUGAUUUGUUUAAUUGUUUAUAUGAUAAUGAUUUUAUAUUUUAUGUCGAUCGAAAUUCGUUUAUUAUUAGAAUUAAAAGGGAAUUAUUUUCGACGAUUUUGGUCAUAUAUUGAUGUUGGUAUUAUAGCUUGUUCAUGGACAAUUAUCGGAGUAUAUAUUUGGCGUUUUAAUGAAUGUAAACGUAUUGGAAAAUUAUUUAAUGAAACAAAUGGUUAUGUUUAUAUUAAUUUACAAUUGGCAUCAUAUAUCAAUAAUAUUUUAAUAUAUUUAUUUGGUUUUUGUUGUUUUUUUGGUACAAUUAAGUUUGUUCGUCUUUGUCGUUAUAGUCAACGUCUUAGUUUAUUUAUUGUAACAAUACAAAAUGCUCGAAACGAAUUAAUAUCAUUUUCAUUAAUGUUUUCAAUUGUAUAUAUGGCAUUUGUUUGUUUAUUUUAUUUAUUAUUUGUAUCGAAAUUAGAAUCAUGUUCAAGUUUAUUAGCAUCAGCACAAAUGUUAUUUGAAAUGACAUUAAUGAAAUUUAAUGCAUAUGAAAUAAGUGAAGCUGCAGCAUUUUUGGGACCAUUUUGUUUUAGUUUAUUUAUUUUUAUAGUGGUAUUUAUUUGUAUGAGUAUGUUUUUAACAAUUAUUGCGGAUAAUUUUCGGUGUGCUCGAAAAAAUAUUAAUAAUGAUAAACAAGAAAUAUUCCCAUUUAUGUUAGAAAGAUUUCAACAUUGGAUAGGUUGGAAAAAAGCAACUGAAGAAGAUGAUUAUGAAGCACGAGAUGUUGUAAUGCGUUCAGAAUAUUUUCAUCCAAUUGAACGUUUUCCUGAAAGAAUUGAUGAAUUAUUAGAUGUAAUCAAUCGAAUUUAUAUGACACAAAAAAUGGAAAUAUCAAAAAUGGAUGAAAUUGAUAUUUAA